GAAAAAGUGCAUGACUUUAAAAAAAAUUCAUUUUAAAUCUCGGCAAUCACCAGAAAUCUCAGUACGCUUAUUUAUUUUUUUCCAAGACAACAAAAUAAAUCAAAUCGAUUUUUCAAUCCAAAUUUAAUCGUGAAUUUCGAACUUAUCCAAUAAUGAACAACUCGUCAGUAUACAAGCGAGAUUUUCGUGACCCACGACAAAAUGAAAAUCUCUGGAACUUCUUAUUUAAUCAAAAAAGCUUCAAUGCUCACAGCGUCAACAAUUUUCAGGAAAUUUCAAUUAAUCGACAACUUAAGCCCAUCAAUGAUUCACGUCCAAUUGAGUCAAAAUGCUGCGAGCAGGACAAAAAUGUUGAGAAUAUUAAAUCAAUGACUGUGAUAACGAGCAGAUGUCAAGAUGAUAAAAAUUUAUGCAGAGCAAAGUCGAUGACGUGGGAGAAAUUUGAUCGGCCUAAAGAUAACUGUAAUACAAAACAGAAGAGACGAUGCAAUGAUGGCUACAAAAUUUCCGAUUUUCCAACUGUUAUCGAUCGAUUCGUUCCGCGUGAUCACAUUCCGAGAGAUGCAAAACUUUCUACAGAAUAUCGUGAUAAUUUUAAUCGAAUUGGAAAAAUUAUCAUCAAAUACAAGAUUCAUGAGCAUUCAAAGUGCGGCAAAGACGGAAGCAAGUGCGAGCAUCCAUUGAUGGUUUUGGCACGUAAAAAAAAGUUUUUUUAAUUGCUGGAUUUAUUUGGGCAGUCUAUAAAUUUAAUAUGGAAGUCUAAAACUGCCCAUCAUCGUCUUAUCGCGAUUGUCAAUCUUAAAGAUAUUAAAUCAUUUCUUUUCA